AUGGCCUCAUCCAUCUCUCCCCAGCCGAAGAUGGUGAUCAAUGAGAUUGAGUUCAAUCCCAUUCGGGACACUCCCCAGGAGCGGGCCGGUCUUGACGCCCUAGUACUUGAUUGGGACCAAAGAAAAAUGCAGGGUCUUCGCUGGACUGAUUUCAGCACCAAAGAACUUGAAGCAUCGCGACGUUGCGAAUUUUGCCGCAAGCGACUCACCUCCUCCAAACGCACCAAAUUCGUCUGGUAUCAAGACGGAGAGCGCUACGAGGUUGAUGAAGCCGAAGCAAAGUCUAUGAAGGAUGAAAAUCAUCGCAUCACACAGGAAAUGGCUUUCAGCAUUCAAAUGGUCGAGGACCUUGAGUGGGCCCUACUCGUUCGCCAGCGCCUGGUUUUCAUGGCGGAGACUACCGCAAAAGAGACAAACAACCUCAAGGAGGAGAAUUCCGCAGAGCCUUCUAACAGCGUUGCCAACUACUACUUGUGCCCUUUUUACGUUGUCCCUGACCCGGAGUGCUUCUUUGACUACUCUGAGUUUACCAUCACCGACGAGCCGAUUUGGCACAAGCCAGGGCCAGAUGGGAUCACUCGCCAUCUCCAAUCCCAGAUGAAUCUCAGCACUGUGACCGGAAAUGUCAGCUGGUACGAUGCUGAACUUACGGAGGAGGACUUCCAGGAGUAUCUCCGAAUUCAUGGACAGCUCCCUCUUGAGGUCCUGCAGACGGGACCUUGUAACCGCCAUUUGCAACCAUUGAUGAAAGGGAAGUACGCCUGCUGUGACAAGGGCAUUUUCACCCCCGGCUGUGCCAAAGCUCCACAGCACACGAAUCGUCAAAAUCUGGCGAAACUUUACAAAGAGUUUCGCCUACAUGAAACGCCCCAAGACAGCAAGAAUCCGCGGCAAUGUAUUGCCCUCGACUGCGAGAUGGGAAUAGCCGAGAAUGGUGAAUCUGAGCUAAUCCGAGUCAGUGCGGUUGACUACUUCAGUGGAGAAACGAUCUUGGACUCCCUAGUGUUCCCAACUGUCAAUCUCCUCCACCCGAAUACGAAAUACUCGGGUGUGACCUGGCAAAUGCUACACAGUGCUAGAAGAACAAAGCAGGCAUUCCUGGGCCGUGACGCGGCCAGAAGACGUCUCUGGACAUUUGUAGGGCCCGAGACAAUCGUCAUUGUCCAUGGUGGACAGGGUGACUUCCUGGCCCUUCGGUGGAUCCACCGAAGGGCCAUUGACACCCAAGCGUGUGAGGGCCGCCGUCUCACACCUAUCGGGGCAGCCUCACUCAAGAAUCUAACAAGGAUUCACCUUGGAAGGGAAAUCCAGCCAAUUUCCCGAAAGGGGCACGAUAGCCUUGAAGAUGCGCAGGCGACCAGAGAUCUCGCGCAUUUCUACACGCAGAACGUUGAUCCACCGGUGGAGAAGAUCGACACUAGUAACCUCUGGGUCGAGGGAGAGGUCGUGGAGUAA